AUGACUGCCAAUGAUUCCGCCCCAGUCGAUGUUGCCGUGCCCUCGGCCAACAACGGCGAUGCCCUGACUGCCUCGUCGGUGGCCCAGAAGCCUUUCACCCACCCGGCGGACACCGCCAAACCCGAGCCGCCUGCGAAGCUCACCCCGGACCAGCAGGCCAAGUAUGAGACGGUUCUAAAGACAGUCUCUUCCUGGACCACAAUUCCAAUCAAAGCUGAUAAGAAUGCCCCGACCGAGCCGAUUACCGACGAUGAGCGCAUGUGGUUGACUCGUGAAUGCCUGCUUCGAUACCUUCGCGCAACCAAGUGGAACGUUUUCGAGGCUGAAGCUCGGCUUCAACGUACUCUGACCUGGCGUCGAGAGUAUGGCAUGGAGAAGUUGACACCGGAGUAUAUCUCAAUUGAGAACGAGACAGGCAAGCAGGUGAUUAUGGGCUAUGAUAUCCACGGUCGGCCAUGUCUAUACCUCCUGCCCUCAAACCAAAACACCGAAAAGAGCGAUCGCCAAAUCCAGCAUCUUGUCUUCAUGCUAGAACGUGUCAUUGAUUUGAUGGGACCCGAUCAAGAGACUCUGGCCCUUCUUGUCAACUUCAAAGAGACCAAGUCUGGCCAGAAUGCGACAAUUGGUCAGGCAAAGCAGACCCUUGAUAUUCUGCAGAACCACUAUCCCGAGCGGUUGGGACGUGCGUUGGUUAUCAAUGUACCCUUCAUUAUUUGGGGAUUCUUCAAGUUGAUCACACCUUUCAUCGAUCCCAAUACCCGACAGAAGCUCAAGUUCAACGAAGACCUGCGCCAACACGUCCCUCCUAGUCAACUCAUGAAGCCCGUGGGUGGGGACCUCGAAUUCGAAUAUGAUCACUCUAUUUACUGGCCUGCCCUCAACGAGCUGGCCAAACAGCGACGUGAAGCCUACCACGAGCGAUGGAUUCAAGGUGGCAAGCAAAUCGGCGAGUUCGAGAACUACCUCAAAGGCGAAGAUAUCCCUAGUGUGUCGCAGAUUCAGAGCACUCCAGUAGAGGCCGAGACUUCAGCUUAA